UAGUGAACACACAAAUACCUAUUGAGUAUAAAAAUUUUCAACCGUUAUCACCUUAGCCUAACCUUAAAUUAGAAUUUAAUACAAGAUUAAAUAAUAAAUCUUAAAAGCAUAAUCUUGUUUUUGUUAUAGUUGAGAAUAACAUUUUAUCAAAUAUCUUAUUAAGAUACUGAAGGUUAUAGAUCCCAUGGCAUUUCCACUGAACGAUCAGAUUUAUACAAAAUCUUUUACUCCUAGAGAAUACCAAGUAGAAUUAUUUUAUGCUGCUAAAGAUAAAGACAUUAUUGUUUGUUUAGGUAAAAAUUAUGAACAAACUUUUAUUGUUAUAAAAUUAAUCCAAGAAUUUGCUACAAACAAUAGGAGAUUAUUAAGUGAAGGAGGAAGACGAUCAUUGUUCAUAUUGACAGAUGAAGAAAAAUGUACAAUAAAAGCAAGCUACAUACAACAACUGACAGAUUUAAAAGUAUUAUUAUGUGACACUUGUUCACUUACAGAAUUUAUAGAAAACUUUGAAACUUCUCAUGUACUAGUUACAACUGCUAAGACAUGUGCACAAUUAUUGACAGAUGGAAAAAUUUUACCAUGUCAGAUAAAUCUAGUCAUAAUUGAUGAGUGCCAUAAAUCUAUAGACAAUAACAAGCUAAAAUUUAUUUUACAAACUAUUUUGGCAUGUGAGAAUGUUCCUAGAAUCAUUGGAUUAGCUGUACCAUUGUUUAAUUUAACACAAGAGCCUGGAAGAUUAGGAUUGGAAAUAGAAAAAGUAGAAGACACAUUUCAAUGUGAAGUUGAAACAGCUAGUGAUAUAUUAUCUAUAUUGCGGUAUAGCCCUAAGCCUAAAGAAUAUGUAGUAGAAUAUGCUAAAAAUGAAAAAGGAAAAUUACAUACUACUAUGGAAAACUAUAUAUUGCAUGCUCUUGAAUUUUUACGUGAUCAUCGUCAUGAUCCAACUGAGAUUUACAAUGAAGAAUUUUAUGAAGACAUCCAAAAAAUACCAGAUCCUACAGAGAAACCUUUUGAGAUGAUGCAAGACUUUCUGUACAUAUUAGAAACUCUUGGACCAUGGUGUGCAGAUCGUGCUGCACUGGCUCUUCUAAUUUUAAUAGAAAAAUUAAAAGUAAAAACACCUUAUGAAAGACAUUACCUAUUAUUAAACAUGGUAGCAUCUGUUUUCACAAAAAUACGAGCUUUAUGUGAUAAUACAUUUGAAGUUUUAUCUGAAAAGGAAAGAAUAUAUAAAUAUACUACUCCAAAGGUUCAUAGAUUAUUGCAAAUUUUAAAAACAUAUACACCGUAUUAUAAUAAAAAUAUUAAUAAGACUGAUAAUAAACUAAAUGAAAAUAUUCCUCAAAAGUUACCAGUAAAUAAUAGGGGAAAACCACCCAGAGCAUCACGACACAUGCGUGGUAUUACAGAUUCUGACUUACUUUGUGGAGUAAUUUUUGUAAAUAAGGCAUUUGUGGCAAAAGUGUUGUUUUAUUUGUUAAACGAAAUAUCUAUGCAUGAUAAAGACUUUCAUUUUUUGUCACCUCUUUAUACGAUUGAGAGGAAUAUUGAAGAUAUUAGUUAUUCAAAAGAUUUAGAAAUAGAACAUAGAAAACAAGAAGAAGUUUUGAAAAGAUUUAGGAUACAUGAAUGUAAUUUAUUAAUUUCGACUUCAAUUUUAGAAGAAGGUAUAGAUAUUCCCAAAUGCAAUUUCGUAAUGAGGUACGAUUUUCCAAAAACUUAUCAGUCAUAUGUACAAUGUAAAAGUCGUGCAAGAGCUACAGAUGCAUUAUAUGUGUUAUUAGUACCACAAGAAAUGUCAAAGGAGUAUAUAUGGCAGCUAGCUCAAUAUCAUUACAUAGAAAAGACUUUGUUAGUAAAAUGUUCUAAUAACGAACCGUCUGAAGAAGAAGAAAAUGAAGCAGACAUGUAUGCUGCUAUGAUACCACAUUAUAAACCGCUUGAUGGAGAUAAUGCACCUAAAGUUACUUUUAAUUCUGCUAUAUCACUAGUAAACAGAUACUGUGCAAAAUUACCUAGUGAUACUUUUACAAGAUUAACUCCAGAAUGGUCCAUUCGAGAAAUGAUUGUUGAUAAUAAAUUUAUGUACACAUGUUCUUUACGACUUCCUAUAAAUUCUCCAGUAAAAUAUGUUGUAUUGUCAUAUCCUAUGCCUAAUAGAGCUAUGGCAAGACGAAUGGCUGCUUUACAGUUAUGCAUUGAUUUACACAGAAAAAAGGAACUAGACGAUAAUUUGUUACCCAUUGGGAAGGAAAAUUUUAAAGCUAAACCAGAGGAUGCAGAAGUGCCUGCUCUACCAGAUGAAAGUAAAGUGAAUUUUUCUGAAGCUCGACCGGGAACAACCAAGCGCAGACAAUAUUAUUAUAAAAAGACAGCUGAGGCAUUAACAGAUUGUAGACCAAUAAUUGGAGUUCCUUCUUAUUUAUAUCAUAUUAAUCUGGUUUUGAGUUGUCCUUUACCUGAAGAGCAAAAUACAAGAGGUCGACGUAUAUAUCCUCCUGAGGAAUCAGCGAUUGGUUUUGGUAUAAUAACAUUAAAAGAAAUUCCUAAGUUAUGUCCAUUUCCCAUUUAUACUAGAUCUGGGGAAGUUCAUGUAAAAUUAAAACUUAGUAAACAGACUAUAGUUCUAAAUGAAAUGCAAGUAGAAAAAAUUGCUAUUUUUCUUAAUUAUACUUUUACAAAUGUAUUAAGAUUACAACAAUAUUUGAUGCUUUUUGAUCCUAAUGCUUCAGAGAACUCAUAUAUGAUUGUACCUGUGAAAUUAGAUGAACAAUCUGACGUCAUUGUAGAUUGGAAUUUCUUAGAAUGUAUAUAUAAAAAUCGAAAUGCAGGGCCAACUAAAGUUCCCGAAGAAAUUAGAAAAAAUUUCAAGUUUGAUGCAUCAAAAUACCAUGAUGCAGUAAUUAUGCCGUGGUAUAGAAGUCAGGAUCAACCUCAGUACUUUUAUGUUGCUGAAAUUUGUACAAAUUUAAAUCCCAAAUCUUCUUUUCCUGGUGAUGAUUAUAGCACUUUUGAAGAAUAUUAUCUUAAAAAAUAUGAUAUACAGAUACAAAAUUUAGAUCAACCUUUACUAGAUGUGGAUCACACAUCAGCUAGAUUGAAUUUUUUAACACCAAGGUAUGUUAAUCGGAAAGGUGUUGCUUUACCAACAAGCAGUGAAGAAACAAAACGGGCAAAACGGGAAAAUCUGGAGCAAAAACAAAUUCUUGUUGCUGAAUUAUGCGCAAUUCAUCCUUUUCCAGCUUCACUUUGGAGACAAGCAGUUUGUUUACCUUGUAUUUUAUAUAGAAUUAAUGCUCUAUUACUUGCUAAUCAAAUACGGUGUCAAGUUGCACGAAUGAUAAAUUUAGGACAGGAAAAUUUAAAUUUCGAUUUUGAAUGGCCACCAUUAGAUUUUGGUUGGAGUUUAGCCGAGGUUUUAAAGAAAUCUAAGGAAUCUGAAAAAGCAAAGUUAGCCAGAAAUGAAACUAUCCAACAAAAUUCUACAAAUGAUACAAUUGAUAAUAAAUGUCAAAAUAUACCUAAAGAUAUAAUAGACAGUUUACACAAAUCAGAUAAAGAAGACUUGAAUGAAAAUAAUUACGAAUUUCAAAUAAAAAAUGAUAAGAUAAUCGAAAUAGGGGAACAAAUGUCAAAUGACGAAAAUGAAUUAGAAAUCGGUACUUGGUCAAGCGACAUGGCAAUGAAUUCUCUGGAUUUUGAAACAAAUAAUUUAAAGUCAUUUCCCUUAAAUGUAACUGUUUUACCAAAUGAUUUUAACUGGAGUGAUAUUCGAUACGGAUCCCCUGCAUGUGAAUCAGAUUUCGACGGUUAUGAAUCAGACGAUAUUUAUAGCGAUGGAUUUGUCGAUACUUCCGAUGAAAGUGAAGAUGAAAAUAGAGGGUUACGAAUUGCUUACAUGGGAGAAAAUAUUGCAGAAGCUGUAGAAGACGAGAAACAGAUGUCUAAGCAAGAGACCAAUAAAAAAAUUUUGGAUUUGCUAGAAACUGAGAAAAGUUUGGAUGACGUUUUAUGGUCGUACAUGGAAGAGAAAGAGAAUUCUUCAAUUACGAAGCAUAGACAAGCUCAUUACGAAUUUGCUAAAGUAAGAGAAUGUGAAAUAAUGCAAAAUGGAUCUUUUAUAUCCUGUGAUAAUGAAAUUGCAAUAAAAAGAAAAGCUUCAUGUAAUUUACAAUGUGAAGAAAAUUUGCCAAAUUAUAAACACAAGGAUUAUGUAGAAACUGUAGUCGAAAAAUUCACUAAAGAAAUAUUAAAUAACAAUGAUACUGUACAACUGAUAAAAAAGGAUUCUAAUCCAUCGAAAUUUACAUAUCAUUCAGAUAGUAAUCUUUUUAGCUUUGAUUUUCAACCAGAAUUAGAAAACCAUGCGGGCCCAAGUCCCAGUUUAAUCUUACAAGCUUUAACUAUGUCCAAUGCAAAUGAUGGUAUUAACUUAGAACGUUUAGAAACUAUUGGUGAUUCUUUUUUGAAAUAUGCUAUAACUACUUAUUUAUAUUGUACAUAUGAUAAUAUACACGAAGGCAAGCUUAGUCACUUGAGAUCUAAACAGGUCAGUAAUUUAAAUUUAUACAGAUUAGGCAGACAAAAAAUGUUAGGUGAGAGCAUGAUAGCAACAAAAUUCGAACCACAUGACAAUUGGUUACCUCCCUGUUAUUAUGUUCCAAAGGAACUUGAACAAGCAUUAAUUAAAUCUGGUGUACCUUCUACUUUGUGGAAUCAAGCCGACAUUCCAGCUUUACAAGCCGUAAAUCCUUCUGAAAUAACUCAAUUAGUUCGAGAAACGGAACAAAAAUUGGGUGUCAUGAAAACUGAACUUGAUCGGAAUGAGACAUCACUUUCGAAUAAUUUAGAUAACAUGCGUUGUUUUAUACCGUACAAUUUAAUUACGCAACAUAGCAUUCCCGAUAAAAGUAUCGCAGAUUGCGUGGAAGCGUUAAUUGGAGCUUAUUUAAUUGCUUGUGGAUCUAGAGGUGCAUUACUUUUCAUGGCUUGGUUAGGGAUUCAUGUUUUACCUACAGAAGAGAUUACAAUUAUACAAGAAUCAGAACCAAGAGAAAGAGUUCCAGGUAGUACCCCAUAUAUAAAGGGAACAAACGAAAAAGGACAAACAACAUGGACACAGAUUCGUUAUGGGAAAUUGGAAGAACCACAAAAUCCCUUACUUCGAUACAUUCCUGAUCCAGAGCAAGAAUUAAAAAUGAUGCUUGAUGGUUAUGAAGAAUUAGAGAAAAGUAUAGGAUAUGAAUUUCAUAACAUUAGUUAUUUAUUACAAGCAUUUACUCAUGCAUCAUAUCAACCUAAUAGGCUGACAGAUUGUUACCAACGUUUGGAGUUUCUUGGAGAUGCUGUUUUAGAUUAUUUAAUAACAAGACAUUUAUAUGAAGAUGGUCGUCAACAUUCUCCAGGUGCUUUAACAGAUUUACGAUCCGCCUUAGUUAAUAAUACUAUAUUUGCUUCUUUAGCUGUAAGAUGUGGUUUUCAUAAAUAUUUUCGACAUCUUUCUCCUGGUCUAAGUAUUGUCAUAAAUCGUUUCGUUAGGAUUCAACAAGAAAAUGGACAUUCUAUUAGCGAAGAAUAUUAUUUAAUUGGAGAAGAAGAAUGUGAAGAAGCUGAAGAUGUAGAAGUACCAAAAGCAUUAGGUGAUGUUUUUGAAUCACUAGCUGGUGCAAUUUAUUUAGAUAGUGGAAUGUCCUUGGAUGCAGUAUGGAGCGUCUAUUACGCCAUUAUGAAAAAUGAAAUUGAACAAUUCAGCACCAAUGUUCCUAAAUCUCCAAUUCGUGAACUAUUAGAAUUAGAGCCUGAAACAGCAAAGUUUGGAAAACCAGAAAAAUUGGCUGAUGGACGAAGAGUUCGAGUUACAGUGGAUGUUUUUGGUAAGGGCUCUUUUAAAGGAAUUGGCAGAAAUUACAGAAUUGCAAAAUGUACUGCAGCAAAGUGUGCUUUAAAAAAGCUGAAGAAGAUGCAGAAUUAUUCAAGAGAUAAACUAUGAUAGCAUAUACAAUAUUAGAUCAAAAUGAAAACAUAAAAUAAGAUUAAUUUCUGUAUUACUGUUAAAAUAUAUUUCUACAAAAUUGUA